ACUAUUUUCGCCGACGGCAAUUUAGAACGUGUGUUAUAGUAAAUGUAGUGAAUUUCAAGGCGCAAACGAUGUUAGCUUUUUUUCUCGCCAUAUAUAUUGGAGUGUGUUGUAGCGCAACACCUAAUGCAGAGAAUGAAGGUUGCCCCGAUCUCAACAAUCAUACCAAUUGGGAAACAAUCGGACCCAAUAUUCAAAACAUCAAGAUGCUGCAAACAGGCCGUGCUGGCGUCUCCUGUAAGACUGGUUAUCAAGCAUACCUUUAUGUGCUCAAAAUAUAUUCCGAUCACUUCGCAGUCAUCUGCAAAAACGGGUCUUGGGACGUCGCUGGCUCUGUUUGUCAAGAAAAAGCUGUUGCUUGUCCUGACCCUAACAAUACCUCGAAUGAAACUAUGUGGCAACAUACACAGCCAUUCAACUAUACACGGACAACAACUCGUUACACAGUUCAAUGUGAGCCGGGAUAUAACGCUCUUGGGUUCAAUGGAUACCAUGAUAGUAUUGUAGCAUUGUGUGACAACGACACAUGGACAGCCAAUGCCGUAUGCAGAGAAAUCGGACUCUGGCAGGACUCCAGGGGUCACUGGUUCGAAACCUGGUCAGGGCAAUGUUCUUUUCCUUUUUUUAAUUUUAUUAUUGAUUUUUUACUGGAGCUUUUACGAUCCAAUGUUUACAUUUAUCGAUAUAAAGCAUUUAAUGAAUAAGUUAAAAAAUGCCAAAAUCUGUGAAA